UGCUAGCCUUGCCCUGACUUGGAAAGCUUGAAGAUGUCUGAAGAGGAGGAGAAACUUAAUCUGCGUCGUCUUGAGCCGGCUAUCCAGAAGUUUAUUAAAGUUGCAAUUCCCACGGAUCUGGAGCGGCUACGGAAGCAUCAAAUAAAUAUCGAGAAGGUCGAAGGUUGCAGAGCACAUCACCGGUUGCAUGCAGAGCACAUCAAUGGCAAAACGCUCUUACAGCAACUGCGAGCGAACAUCCGAGAGAUGGAGAAACUUUGCUUGCGGGUUCGGAAGGAGGACCUGCCGGCUCUGCAGCGGAUGAUCAGCCCGGUGAAAGAGGAGGCCCUCUCUGCCUUGAGGACACUGAAGUCCCAAGAUGAAACGUUUCACGACCCCGAAACGGAAGGCGCCUCCCAGAGCUUUAACCAGCUGUUUUCUCCGCUCCCUGAAAUCCCCCAGGAUCAAAACGCUGCUGAAUCGUGGGAAACUUUGGAAGAGGACUUGAUCGAACUCGGCAAUCUAGUGACUGACUUCUCUCUGCUAGUUCAUUCCCAGCAGGAGAAGAUCGACAGGAUCGAAGACCACGUCCACACUGCCUCUGUGAAUGUUGAGGAAGGGACCAGAAGCCUGGGGAAGGCCGCCAAGUACAAGCUGGCUGCUCUCCCUGUGGCGGGCGCGGUCAUCGGUGGCAUCGUGGGGGGCCCGAUCGGACUCCUGGCGGGUUUCAAGGUGGCCGGAAUCGCAGCCGCGCUUGGCGGGGGAUUGUUGGGCUUCUCCGGCGGGAAGCUGAUUCAGAGGAAGCGGCAAAAGACGAUCGAGGACAUCUCUUGCAGCUGCCCCGACCUUCCCAGACGGGACGACGGGCAGCCCACCUGAAAGGUGGCCGCCUCGACCCAGUGAGAGUGGCCGGCAUACUGACCUCGCUUUGAAUGUAUCUCGGAUCCCUGCGAGCAGGAAGGAUCCGCGUUUUCUCCUGUCUGGGAACCGGGAAGGAUCGUCCCGAAAGACUUUUCCCGACGGACCGCACCAGCGCCUUCGUCCUGAGCGCCAAGGAUUACACGUUUCAGUUUAACGUUAUAGUAAAGGAAGGUCGUGGAGAGUUUUCCGGAUUACCCUCACCCUAUCUUUUAAAGUGUUUUUACAGCAUUCACAAAAUGCCUUUUUCCCCCCUGGAAAAUGGAAGGGAUUUUAAGACAAUAUUGUCGGGAGUCUGUGCCUUGGUGUUUCAGCGAUUCAAAACACUUUGUGCAACUCAGGUGUCCAGAGAUGCCUUUUGCAUGACGAGGACUCGAUACGUCCAAGGCUCUCUGCGCUCGGGCCCCGGGGAAGGCGCAAGAGAGGUGGGCCCUGGGGGGGUUGGUUGACGCUCACCCUCUUGGCUUUUGUUAGAGACCUCCUGAGUAGGUUGGCAGUGACAAUCCACUCCCUUUCCCCCCAAACACUGCUGUUUUUUGCAAUUUUUUAAAAAGAACAGAGUCAGGUUAGACUCUGGCUCUGUUUAAAAGUGUUACUUCAAGAGGGGGAAAACCCACACUCUUGCUUUGUAAAUAAAUUCAGCCUGUUUGCAAACCCCCUUUUUACCGACUGAACCAGAGUUUAAAGGAUCCCUACGGGUCAAAUGCCGGCUGUUGGGACAGGAGACUGCAUUUUGGGUUUUCUGAACUCCCUUUCCCCACCUUCGUUGACUGAGAACUGACAGGAGACGAGGAAACCUCGGCCAAAGACAAUGCUGUGCCAACCAAAGCCCCUUGUUCGGUCGACCUAGUCUGUCAUGCGGCUUCGAUAAUCUUCGGAGAUGACCCCUGAGUAAGAAACUGACGGUUCUGAGUUCCCCGGCUGACCGGGAUUGCAAAAUGGUUUAAUAAAAC